CCCCUCCCCUUCCAUCGCCUGUUUGAUCAUUCUCAUUUCAGAAACUCCCAAAUAUUCCGAGCCCACCAUACAGGCUCGGUUUCACAAUGGCUCAACGAAAGUAUUUCAUUCUUGACAAACUGAUCGAUGCAGGAGAGAUAGACAGCUUUCUUGGCCGAGUAGUUGAGACCAAGUCGCAGCCGCUGGCAAGAUUCGCACCUUGCCGUCCUCUCACACCCGAAGAGAGACCGCAUAACACGAACGACAUCAUUCCCGGGAUACUUCCGGAGCCAUCAGUAUCAAUCAAUAGGAAAGAAACAAUCCAAAUUUUCCGCGAGAAAGGCAUCAGUGGCCAACUAUCUGCACUCCUGGGGUUCGACAUCAUGCGAGGUUCGUCCGAAACUAGGCAGCUAGAAAGCGAGCUGGUAAAACAAUACACCCUUUCCAAUCCAGUGCAAUAUUUCGAAACCCUCAUGCACGAUCAGGACUAUGCGCAGGACGUUCGCGCGCUCUUGGAGACCACCAAAUCCCAUCAUGCAUACUUGGUCACUGGCUUUCUCACUGCAGUCCGUGCCACCUGGACCAUAACAUCUGGGACCAAUACUGCGAAUAGCCUAGGUGUCAAUAUCCCGUUAUCCACUCUCAUAAAUGUUCCCGUGCCAGGAUUGUUGGAUUUCAGUUUCCAGCCGCGGAUAUCCUCCGGUGCACAACACACUCGCGAGCUAUCCUCUGACCAAGAGGAAAUCUUCGCCGUGUCGUACUCAGUGGUGGAGUGGAAACAUCGGGGCGUGCCCUUACCGGGAUUCGGCAUCAAGGCUCCGGUUUUGGGCCGCCCAAAACGAGCAAAAGCGUAUCAUCUGGCGCUGGGACAUGAUGACGGCAGUAGUGAAGAGAUAGAGCUGGACUCGGACGAAGAGAGUAUCGAAGCUGGCGGCUGGGGAGCGACACCUGUCAAAGUUUGUGCCGAAGUCCUCGUCAAUAGCACUGAGAUGGAGAGAGAGUAUUUAUCGUCCGAGCUGGUCUCGAAUUUCCAACUUUAACUAGAUGAGGACCUCCUUAUAGAUUUGGGGCAACAGAAUAGCUUGCUGCCGGGGCUACAGGUGUAAAUGCGGCUGUCAAUGGCCUCAAUAGUGGUCAUUUUCAGAGUUGAUUUCUCAGAUCCUCGCAUUCUGUAUGUAAUUAAACACAAAACAGUAUAAUCAGUGAAUAGAAUAUUAAAUAAGGACCAUAUAGUACAUUUCAAUAUAGAGCAGG